AUGGUUUCCAUAAACACCAAAAUGCCGUCAUCCGAUGCACCCUACUACAAACAUUUCAUUGCUACGUUUUUAACAACAAUCGAGUUCGUAUUUAAAUUUACAAUCCCCUGCACUCUUGGUAUCAUCUUUGUUGCUUUCCUCUUCCUCUGCGUAGGGAGAAUGCUAGGCUUCGUUAAAACCAAUGAGUCGAAUGAAAUACCAAACUCCCAGGAAGGACAAGCCGGUUCCCCGGAUCCCGCGCAAGCGAUUGAUGAAAAGACCCGUCUCCGCAUCGAGAUGCAAAUUCUGGAGGAGAUGCUGAAGACUCGUCGGGAGCGGACUGAGAAGUUAGGCAGGAGUAAUUGA